UACUAAUAGAAGGGACACGCGUGCGCGAGAGGAGGAGGCGAGGAGUGAGAUGGAGGAAAGAGAAAGAAAGAAAGAAAGAAAGAAAGAAAGAAAGAGAGAGAGAGAGAGAGAAAAGAGAGAGAGAGAGAGAGAGAGAAGGGGAGGCAGGUCAGGGCAGGCUGACAGCAAGUCGACGUUCGAUUUCAGUCGAAAGCGAAAAGCCGUCAAGUCCGUGCACGGUCGCCGGACUCCCGGCUUGUUCGCGAACGUGCGCAUGCUUAACGUCUCCGUGUCGCGUCGUCGUCCUCCGCGCGUCCAAAUGUCAUACGAGUGCUGCGGCGACGGCAAGGUCGCCGGCGACAGUAUCGUCGCCGCCCUCUCGGAGCUCUUUGCUUUCUCGCCGCUCACUCUUUGCCGCGAGAUCGUCCUGGCCCUGAGCUCAAGCGGCAUUCUUCCUUCCUCCUCUUUUUCCUCCUCCUCUUCCUCCUCCUCCUCCUCCUCCUCCUCUUUUUCCUCCUCCUUCUCCUUCUUCUUCUUUUCGUCGUCCUCCUCCUCCUCCUCUUCCUCCCUCUUCUUUUCACCUUCGUCAGAUUCUUCUAAAUCUAACUCUACAUCUAACUCGACCUUCUGUAUUCCCUCUUAUUUCUUAUCCAACAUCGACAAUCUCUUCGUUAUCGUCACGUCCUUGCUUCUUGGCUUCGUCCUUGUCAUCGUCCUCGUUCGUUCUCUUUGUCGUCGUCAUCGUCCUCGUUGUCGUCGCGCUGUCUAGAGAUCAUAGAGUCCAAGCAAAUACACAGCACCACGGGGUACGACUGAUGGCCUAUCAUCGCCGCCAUUUUUUUAUCCCUUCUUCUUUUUUUUCUUUUUCUUCUCUUUCUUGUUUUCUACUACUAUCAUCGUCAUCGUUAUUGUCAUCGUCAUCGUCAUCGUCAUCAUCAUCAUCAUCACCACCAUCUCCCUCUUACUUUUCACCUAUAAUCACUCUUUCGUCAAAAUAUGGCGACCAUUAUUUCUAGUCCUUAACGAUGCAGCGCCUCUAGCUUGAAACGUUCGUUAGAUGGCGCCGCCAACUAACUCUCCUUACCUCAUUGGCUAAUCAUUUACAUACAACUUACCGCGCGAUUCGUAACGUAAACCAGUAUUUAUUUUCAAACUUUGUUCUUUCAUUCUUUCCAUCCUUCCUUAUGCUUUAUUUAAGUUCGAUUAUAUAUUUCUUCUUUUACAUUGUUAAGUUUAGAAUUAAUUAGGAAUAAUAAUAAACGAUUAGCUUAGAUAAAAGGAAUAUAAACAAAACAAAAAAAAUGAUAUUGAUUAUAUUUUAUAUGUAGAUCGAUUUCAUCGUGCGCGCGCGUUUACAUUCCCGCUGACGUCAUCGUCGUACUAUUUGCUUAUUGGUUAAUUUCCUUCGUAAACGUAUUCUUUCAAAUAUGUCCGCGUUUCGGUAAUACGGAGGAGACAAUCGACGAGAUCUUAUCAGAUCAAAUAAUGUGAGAAUCAUCGUAUUAAAAUCACGUAUAAAGUAUCGAGAAGGGAAGUAAACAAGAGAGAAAGAGAGGCAAGUUCCUUUCGCUUAGAUCACGAUGAUCUUAAUUAAUACUAAGAAUCGAGAAUAUUGGCCUAUGCACUAUGUUACUUCGUCCGAACGUCUGCUGCCUUUAAUUCCUCCGGCAAAUUUAUGGUGUAUUCUUUCCUCGUCAAGGACGAGCGAUGUGGUGUGCAUCGUACGUGGAUGUUACACAUUUGCUUCGAACGAAGAAUACAGCAUCGAGACGCGAAUGUCCGAUCGUUCCACGUAUUUCAGUGUUUCGUAAAAGUUUCUGUGUUUUUGAAAGGCGUCAACGAUCAACUAGCACGUUUUCCUCCGAUUGUUCAGAUCAACUCGAUCGAGAAGGUGUCCUAGCAAGAGCAAGAGAAACGAUUACUGCGAGAAAGAGGAAAAGGAAGGACGAAGAAGAAAAAGAAGAAGAAAAAGAAGAAAAAGGAAGAAGAAGAAGAACCGAGGACAAUGGCGGGUGAGGACACACAGAUUCUGGCGAAUGGUACCGUCGAGGCUCUCACGAUAAUACCAGCAAAGAUGGCCAAUGGGAACGGCCUUAUCUGUAGCAAGCAUAAUAACAAUGGCUCAAUACCAAAUGGGAAGCUACAUGAGAUCGGAGCUGCCGAGAAUGGGAAGCUGAUCGUUCCUGACGAAAAAUCGAGCAGCCUUCACACGGAAUUCGAUGACGCUGAUGUUUCCUGUGGUUGGGGUCCAUUAAGACCUCAUUGGUUGCAAUAUUUUGCCACGAAGCAGGCCUUCUUAGUCACCUUUUGCAUUACCUGGGUCCUUCAAGGCAUGUACUAUACGUAUUUCGUCUCGGUAAUCACAACGAUCGAGAAGCUCUUCCAAAUCCAAUCGAAAACGACGGGUAUCAUAAUGUCUGCAACUGAAAUCGGCCAGAUAGGUUCGUCCCUUCUCUUAACGUAUUACGGCGGCCAAGGUCACCGGCCUAAGUGGAUCGCCUGGGGCAUGAUCCUCUUUGCCGUGAGCUCCUUCACCUGCUCGAUGCCUCAUUUCAUCUUCGGCGAACAGCUGAUCCAGCAAAACGAGAUGCUUUUCAGCGGCGUCGGACCUGCCGGGGAAUCAGAUGGACCUAACAAUACUGAUCCAGUUCCAGCAAAUCUCUGCAAGUUGCAUGAACGACCAGAGAACAAUACGCUCGAUGAAUGGAUCUUGGGUACAACGGCACCACACGGUGAUUCGAUCGAAUAUUGCGAAGGUGACUUUCUAACAGAGCAAAGGAUACAAAGCAAAAUAACGGCAGUAGUCCUGGCAAUAUUUUUUGUCUCUUUGCUCGGUGUUGGAAUGGGUCAAACAGCCGUUUACACUCUUGGCAUACCAUAUAUCGAUGAUAACGUUGCCAGCAGGGAAAGUCCCUUGUAUUUCGCAAUCACAAUCGGUGUUAGGAUUCUGGGACCGGCGUUAGGUUUCAUCCUUGGAUCACUUUGCACGAUGCUUUACGCGGAUCUAUCUGUAAAUCCACAAAUCACGCCUACUGAUCCAAGAUGGGUCGGUGCGUGGUGGCUUGGUCUGGUGCUGAUAUCCGCGAUGCUGAUGUUGGUCAGCAUAGGAAUGUUCGCCUUUCCUACGCGUUUGCCGACGAGCAGAACACCGCCGAAACGAGCGGAUGCCAAAAAACCUAGUCUAAGAGAUUUUCCAAAAGCAGUUAAAAGGCUGCUAAAGAAUGACAUCCUGAUGUUCAGGACAGCUAGCAGCGUGCUGCACAUCCUGCCAAUUGCAGGACUUUACACAUUCUUACCAAAGUACCUCGAGAGCCAAUUUCGCUUGCCAGCUCAUCAUGCUAACAUGAUAUCAGGUGUCGGUGGUAUUCUAGUUAUGGGUCUGGGUAUUAUUAUCAGCGGAGUGUUCAUUCUAAGAGCGAAACCAAACGCUAGGUUCGUUGCAGCUUGGAUAGCUUUCACAGCAGUCGUUUAUGCUAUCGGUAUGGGCGUAUUGAUGUUCAUUGGUUGUCCGAUGGACGAUUUUGCUGGUCUUGUCUCGCACUCCGAUGGAAUAUCGAGCUUCGAGCCAACCUGCGAGGCUAGCUGCGACUGCGAUCGGAACAAGUUCAGCCCGAUCUGUGGCGCGGAUGGCAAAACGUACUUCUCCGCGUGUCAUGCUGGCUGCUCGAAUUACACGAUAGCGGACGGGAAAGUGGCAUCGUUUUAUAACUGCCAGUGCAUCGGGCAGAACUUAACGAUGCCGGAAACGACGAGCACAGCGACGAUUGGUUACUGCCAAUUGGAAUGCAGUAAUUUUUGGGUCUACAUGAUUCUCUUCUCGGUGUUCGUUUUUAUUCACUCAACGAGCGAGGUUGGUUCCAUGUUACUGAUAUUACGAUGCGUGGAUCCACGGGACAAGGCCAUGGCCCUCGGUCUCAUACAAUUUGCUAUUGGCUUGUUUGGUAACGUACCAUGUCCAAUCGUAUACGGUGCUGUUGUGGAUUCAGCGUGUCUUGUGUGGGAAUACGCUUGUGGUGAACGAGGCGCCUGUUGGCUCUACGACUCAAAUGUCUUCAGGAUGUUUUAUCACGGCACGACGGGUGGAAUCCUUGUGAUGGCCUUCAUCGUGGACAUAGUUGUGUGGUACAAAGCCGGUAGUAUAAGUUUCGUUGAGGAACAGGAAUGUGAAGAUGGUACAGCCGAAGAAAUGGCCACUUUAAAGUCUCAGGACGCGCAAAACGUCGAUAAUGAUUAUCUGUGAAGGAUAUACAUACAUACAUAUAUAUAUACACAAAGACCCACAUAUAUAUAUAUAUUUAUAUAUAUACACAUAUAUAUGGGUAAACAUAUGUAUAUAGUCUCGAAACGAUGUAUAUAGAGGGGUAUAUAAGGCGUUCUAGUGUGAAAGGUGUUCAACCCUUUAAACACGAACGAAGUCGGUGUGUGAUCGAGGUGAAUUCGCGGCUGUCGUCCUUCGAGCUGUCCUACUUGACAACGGAUUAUUCUAGUCUUUCAUCGAAAAGGACGAGUCAGCGACAAAAAAAAAAGAGAAUCCCUCAAAUUCUCUUUCUGAAGAAGAAGAAGAAGAAGAAGAAGAAGAAGAAGAAGAAGAAGAAGAAGAAAAAGAAAUCCUCUCCGAGAUGAACCGGCCAACGAUUCUCGACCAACGAUUCCAAAAAUCUUCCUUUAUCUUCUUUUCUUUUUUUUUCUUUUUUUUUUUUUUAUAUACAUAUAAAAAAAAAAAAGGAGAACGAAUCUAAGAAACGGGAAAAGUGUUACGUAGAUCGUGAAGAUGAUUAUCCUGCGAUUUUCAAUCUUCUUUUAAAGAAAAAAGAAAAUAAAUCAGCCAUCUUUGAAGAAAGAAGGAAGAAAAGAUUGAGUCUCGAUAAAUGAGGAAACGUACAUACAUAAUAUGUGCGAACAUACAUGAAUAAUUAAAUUACGCAGGAUAUAUUAAAUGAACGAUGGAAUGGAGAAGAUGACGAGCGUAGUGAACGACCACGUGCCAAUAUAUUAUGUUAUUAUAUAUUUCCCGCGUUUUUUUAAAGAACGUCUCGGUACAUAAACGCACGUUGUUUUAAUCAACGAUAUUUUUCAUGAUUUGCAUUUUACAAACGCACUUUUAGUACUUUCUAAAGAGAGAAAAGAAAAAGAAAGAAAGAAAAAAAAUUUAAUUGAAUUAAUCCUUUGCACUUCAUAAAUAGAAAUCACUAUGACGAAAUCCAUGAUAUAUCAAAUAAAAUUAAUCUUUACCUCAUACUGGCCAGAUAGAUCUUUUCUUUUAUCUUUUAUUCGAUGAAAGAUAUUCUUUAAUUUUCAUCAGUGGUACCCCAGAAAAAUGAAUUUAUAAAGUUGAUAAGUUAUAUUUAAAAAUUGGCUGGAAUGCAAAGGAUUAAAUUAAAUUAAAUUAGAACUGCCGAACUUAUCCUCGCAGAUUGACCCAUAUAAUAUAUUAAUCGAUAUAUUUACAAUUUAUCAACAUUUUAUGCUUCCGCCAAGUAUCAACGGAAAUUAUUAACAGACUGACGGACGUUAAGAAACGUUCGCGAAACGAAACACGGCCUAAUUGAGGAAAAAAAAAAAAUCUCGUAAGAUUCUCUCCUCCACCGUUUUAGUCCCUCUCGCCAUGGGUGAAAAAAAAUUGAACAUGUGUAUAUAUAUACAUAUAUAUAUAUAUAUAUGUUUAAAAUAAUAAAAUUAAAAUGUGCCGAUAAUCGUAAACCCGAUAGAAUCCUCGAAGAAAAAAAUUGAUAAUAUAUGUAUACAUAUAUGUACUAUAUACGCAAUGGGUGGCAUAUUGAUAAAUCCUGUAGCGAGCUGAUAGGACGUAUCCUAUAUGUGUAUGUUCCUCCUUUGUGUAUUUGUAUAUAUGUAUAUGUAUAAUAUUUUAUGUAUAUACGUAUGUAUAUAUAUACAUAUAAAUAUAUAUAUAUAUAUAUGUAUAUAUAUAUAUCAUUUCGUUCCAAAGUUCCAACUCAUAUAAAUGCCCUCUUGAAGAUUGAAACGUAUGUGUACAUAUGUAUAUGUAUAUGUGAAAAUACGUCUAUAUUUUUUUUCCUUUUUUUUUAUUAUUAUUAUUAUUAUUUCUUAAAAAUAAUAUAAUAACGUCGCAAUAUCGAGGGCAAUCUUUUAAGCUCAAUCUAAUUAGUUCCUGGUACGAAAUCGAAAGGAUUAUUUAAAAAAAAAGCACAUAAAAUUUAAUUCGCGCUCGAUGUAACGUCGAUAAAUGCGCGUCAUCUAUCUCGUACCCGAAGAGAUCUAAUUAUUAAUUAAUUAUAUUACAGGAGUAUGUACAAAAUAAUAAUACUUUCGUACAUACAUAAAUACGUACGUAUGUAGAGUGAAAUUUGUUUCAUUCAUAGGACAAUCCAUUAAAAGAACAAAAAACUAAGAAAGAAAAAUUUUUAAUCGAAUGCGAUAGAUAUCGUUUGCGAAAGCGAAAAUUUACAAACAAACAAAUAUAUAUAUACUAAGUUAAGUCUUUAACUUUUUGUGAGUCGUAUACACAUCACACACAUAUACACCAAAUAUCAAUAUAUUGGAAGAAAUAAACAUCACACAAAUUACGUAUCACAAAGUAUUAACUUACAAAAAUGAAAAUAAACGGAGUCUCGGGUACGAUUGCAUCCAGCUUCUCCAUAUUGCAUUUUAUUCGCGUAUCGAAAGAAAAUAAAGAAACGAAAAGAAAAAGAAAAAAAGAAAAAAAAAAGAAAAAAAGAAAAUAUUUAAUAUUAUUCUCGACGAACAUAUUCACAUCACAAAUAUUUUAUUACAUAACCAAUUCCAUCUCGUAUAGUGAGAAAAUAAGUUAAAAGAAAAAAAAAAAAAAAAAAGAAAGAAAGAAAGAAAGGGAGAAAGAAAAAAAAGUAAA